AUGGACACAAUAAUGUAAACAAACAGAUAAAAACUCUGAAAGACGUGUUUGACGAUGGUGGUGCAUCAAGUGCACCCUACACCACUGCACUAAAAGUGCAAAUUUGUGGCAUUGCGGACAUUAACAACUAUAGAAAUGCCAAUGGAGAACAAAGGCAGUCAAUCACUGUUGGAUUUGCCGACCAUACAAUGGCUGUAAAGGGUAUUUUAUGUGACGUUUCUUAGGCCAAUGUUCUUAAGAAUGGAGGGACUGUCAUGCUACUACACGUCAUCCUCAAGAAGGACUUGAAGACCAUCGUGAUGACCAAUCGGUCCAAGGUACUCAAAACUGGCCCCUUCCAACAGGCAGUACCAGAGUACUUCCUGAAACAAGGACAGGACUUGGCAUGCCCGCCACCUGCUGAAUUGGUGGCGAUAAACAAAAUUAAAACGUCGCCAGUGAAGACGAUGGUCUCCAUUAGAGGACAAGUUGUUUCUAAGAUGGAAAAAACAGUAAAGGUUGCAGGAGAAGACACAGCAGUCCGCACCUUAAAGAUUAAAGAUCAGACAGCUGCUUGUAAGGUGUCCCUGUGGAGAGAUCUGAGUAAAAUCAAAACCACCGUAGGCCAGCACAUUGAGCUUACCAAUGUUAUCGUUCAAGUCUAUCAGGAGGAAAGGUCAGUUUCCACGACUUCAAGGACAAAAGUGGUGGAAAUUGCUGCACCAGAAGUUGUAAGGAAGAUAACUGUAAUAGCUUAUGAUGUCAUUGACGGGGAAUUUCUCACCUUGACAUCAGACGUUGCAACACUCUAAAAAAAAGUUUAACCAUACAUUUUUAAAAUAAGAAUUUGAAUUUAGAAAAACUAUAAAUAUUAAGUAAUACAAUUAGUCAGAAUAGCAAGUAAAAGGCAAUCUCGUUAAGUUAUUGGAAUCGUAAUUAGUAAAUACCACUUAUACAAUUACUUAUGAUUUAUUUUACUCAUC